AUGCAGGCGCAAAACAACCAGUACAACUCAGAAUGGAUGAGCAAACCCCAAGGGAUACCAGGAUGUCCACCAGGUCUGGAAUAUCUGACCCAGAUUGACCAGGUGUUGAUUAGACAGAAGAAGGACUGCAUGGAGAUAUUCACAGGGUGGGAGGAGAGAAACAGAUACGAGAUCUACAACUCACUCAAUCAGCAGUUCUUCUUCGCUCAGGAGGAGUCGACCUGCUUGAUGAGGCAGUGCUGUGGUCCCAACAGGGGAUUCAUCCUCCACAUUACUGACAACUACGGACAGGAGGUCAUGCGAUUCAGGCGUGAGUUCAGAUGCUGUGUAGGAGCUUCAUGUUGUGCAGACUCGUGUAACUGUGCCUUUGAGGUGAUGGUGGAGACACCCUCGGGAGAACCACUGGGCAAAGUAAGACAGGGACAGUAUUGCUGUAUUCCGGAGUACAAGAUCAUAGACGCUCAGGGAAACCAGAUACUGCAUGUACAAGGUCCUCUGUGCGUGUGCGACUGUUGUGCUGACUUUGAGAUCCAGACUCUGGACAAGAGCCAGACUAUCGGGGUAGUGAAGAAGAAGUGGAGAGGACUGGCCACUGAGAUGUUCACCAAUGCUAACUCAUUCUCUAUCAACUUCCCCAUGGACCUGGACGUGAAGGCCAAGGCUGUGCUGAUGGGCGCCGCAUUCCUCAUCGACUUCAUGUUCUUCGAGCAGCAGAACAACAACUAA